AUGGUACCAACGACAUAUCAUAAAUCUGUUGAUAGAAAUACGCCUAGUUCUAACUCUGGUGCUAUAAAGAAAAGACGUCGCGAUUAUUCACCUCUUCAAUGGAGUGACUACUUCGAUCAAUACAAAGACGUAACCUUAGAUAACUCACAAAAUGUAUUUCGCGUCUAUAAGUUGGGCACUCGCGGGCCUGUCUUAUAUUUCCUUCAUGGAGGAGGCCACUCAGCUCUUUCUUGGGCAUUACUAGCAAAAGCACUGGUUCAAAAAUGUAAAGUAAGAAUUGUCGCGGUGGACUUGAGAGGACACGGUAUGACAAGGACCGAUGAUGAUUAUAAUUUAUCAACUGAAACACAAAUAAGUGACAUAGCUGGCGUGCAUAAAGAAUUAUUUGAUGAUCAACCUCCGACUGUGCUGGUUGGUCAUAGUAUGGGUGGCGCUCUAGCAGUCCAUACCGCAUAUAAAAGAUUGAUUCCAUCAUUAGUUGGCUUAGUUGUUAUUGAUGUUGUUGAAGGUACCGCUCUUGAUGCCCUAUCAGCUAUGCAAAAUGUUCUCAGAAAUCGUCCGUCUUAUUUUAAUUCUAUAGAAAGCGCAAUCGAAUGGAAUUUCCGCAGUGGGCAAACACAUAACUUGGAAUCAGCCAGAGUAUCCGUUCCAGCUCAAUUGAAAAUCUGCGACAAUUGUAAUAUCACAACGGAAGUAAAAGAUUCAAAUACCAUCGUAGAAGAGAACGAAGAUGCCGAUCUAGAAGAUGCUUCUCAACCUACCAGCAGUCGUAGUGAUAAUACUGUAAAAUACACUUGGGUAAUCGAUUUAUGUAAAACCGAAUGCUACUGGAGAGAAUGGUUUGAAGAAUUGUCUUCUAAAUUCCUUGCCUGUCCAGGCCCCAAACUUCUCCUAUUAGCUGGUGUUGAUAGACUGGAUAAAAAUCUGACUAUAGCCCAAAUGCAAGGAAAAUUUCAAAUGCAAGUAUUAUCACAGUGUGGCCAUUUAAUGCAAGAAGAUGUUCCUGAUAAGGUUGCGAAUGCCCUUCACAGUUUCCUAAUAAGAAAUAGAAUUAUAAACACAAACAAUAAGUGA